ACAUGGCGGAAUGUGUUGAUAAGGAAAGUUGUUUCACAACUGAAAACACCGUUUCCACGACACCCGAUGAUUCUGCAGAUGGAAUUGUUGAUGAUUUCGACCCAUUUACUAGCUGUGUAGAACUGGUUGAUGAAAGCAUUAAUGUGUCUUUAGAAGCACCCCCAGAGAGCCAGUGGUACCAUGGCCGGCUGGAUAGGAGUACAGCAGAGGAGAGGCUACUUGCUACUGGAUCAAUCAGCACCUAUCUAAUCAGGGAAAGUGACAGAAAGCCAGGCUCAUAUGUUCUGUCCUAUCUCGGUAUUACUGGCAUCAACCACUUCAGGAUAACAUCAAUGUGCGGUGUGUACUACAUCGGCGGACGACAGUUUGACUCUCUGUCAGACCUGAUAGGCUAUUAUACUAGUUGCUCAGACCUGCUUCGUGGAGAGAGAUUGAAGCUACCCGUUGCUCCUCCUCUGCCAGUUGAGAGUAAAAGAAAGAUAAUAGCCAUCUUGCCCUACACUAGAAUUCCUGACACCGAUGAGCUGAGUUUUCUCAAGGGUGAUGUAUUCGUUGUUCAUAAUGAGAUGGGCAGCGGGUGGCUGUGGGUAACUAGGCAAAGAACUCAUGAGAGCGGACUAGUCUUUGAGGAGCUGUUAGAGGAGUUGGGAUCAAGAACUGACCCAAAUGAAGAGAAGCCAUGGUUCUAUAGCAACGUUACAAAGGAGGAAGCUGCAACGUUGUUAGUGACAGCCGGAGACUGCAGUUAUCUCAUUCGGCCCAGCGAUAAUUCGCCCGGUGACUACUCACUGUUCUUCCACGUUGACCACGCUGUACAGAGGUUUCGCAUUCAGAAACAAUGCCAUCAUUAUCUUAUGGGCGGCCGCUUAUUUGAUAGUUUGGAAGACAUAAUAGAAAGGUAUGAGACUGAACAAAUCGUAGAUGGCUGCACCCUUCAACGACCCGUGUUAAAGAGUAGCUAUGAGCCUGGUGGGAGCAUACGACUUAAGAACGGCAUGGAGAAAACUACUGAGGAUAUAUACAAAACGAUACGACAGACGCACACUUCUCUGCUGUUCAAUAGGCAUCAUGUCAUCUGUAAACAAGGCUUUCUGCAUAAACACAUGAAGAAAAGCAAGUGGAAACGAUUCUUCUUUGUACUGAAUGGAACUGAGCAGCACUUGUUAUACUAUGAUAACGACAACCAUAAGCGAACAAAACCAAAGGGGCUCAUUGAUCUAGCGUACUGCACGUUAUAUCAGGUUCACGACAGUUUCUUUGAAAAGCCCAACUGUUUCCAACUGGUCACACGUGGUCUCAGUGCUGUGGAAGUCAACUACCUAUAUGCAGAUUCCCCGGAAGAUGCACAGGAGUGGAUGCGUAAAAUCAAGCCGCUGUGCUACCAGGCCGUGCAGCCCAGCAGCUUGCAGAAUCGAGUCAAGGAGUUGAAGAGCCUACACAUCAACAUUCUCGAUGCUAAAAGAAUACCUGUGAAGCUGGCCCCUCAGGCAUUCUGCGUUGUGUCGCUGAAUGAUGUCAAGGUAGCGCGCAGUAGAACACAGAGCACACCGGACCCUGUGUGGGAGGAAGAGUUCCUACUCGAUGAAAUUCCCGCCGAUAUAACGUCCUACACUGUAACAGUGUUCAGUCGAGGAAAACGAGCGAAGGACACCGCUAUAGGUCAGGUGACGACGCGGCUGACGUCGCUGCCACCUGGCGAGCAGAGCGAGGACUGGCACCUGCUGGCGGGAGUCUGUGCGCCGUCGAAGGGCGAUGUCGGGUCGGUGCGCGUGCGUGCCUACUACCAGCACGACGUUGUCAUGCCCGCGGAGGAGUACAGCGGGCUACGAGAGGUACGCUACGCCUCCGCGCGCGAUGCCGCUGCGAUGUUGCUGCGAUGUCGCUCCGCUUUAAAGUUAUUACGUCACGAAUUUUCUAUGGCACCAGAAAUGACGUCUACGUUAUUCCGCACUUCCACUCUCGCAACGAAGGUCAUGGACCUCUACAUGCGGCAGACGACUGGCUUGUUCCUCCAAUAUGCUGUACAGAAAUCCAUCGUCCGAAUCGUGGAGACCAAUAGAAGCUGUGAGUUGAAUCCCGUGAUGAUGGAGCGACCUUCAGACAUCACCGGCAACCUGGAGUACCUUCUGUCCGUCCUUGAUGACAUCAUGGAGUCCAUCUACAUGUCCUCAGACUCCUGUCCCAUGCAGCUGCGAUAUAUUUUCCACUACUUACAACGAGAUGUACAGAGAAAAUGGCCUGAUAAUUUCAGCGUCAAAACAAGGGUCGUCAGUGGCUUCGUGUUUCUGAGGCUGUUCUGCAUUGCCCUGCUUAACCCGCGGAUGUUUCGCCUCGUGACGGAGACGCCAUCUGACACUGCUGCGCGCACUCUCAUCCUCGUAGCAAAGUCUCUGCAGAAUCUAGCCAACCUCGUCGAGUUUGGUGCAAAGGAGCCAUACAUGGAGUGUGUGAAUCCAUUCAUCGUGAAACACAAGCAUCGAAUCGUGAUGUUCUUGGACGAACUUUCAAACAUGCCUGAGUUACUGGUGGAUCAGACGAACAGUAAAGAGGAGGAGCUGGCACGUGGCCUAGCCUCCAUCCAUCAGAUUUGCUCGACUCACAUUGACGAUAUUCACCUACUUAGCCUCACUAAGCCAAACCUAAAGAAGCUGGUUGCUGUAACAGAUAUGCUGACGGUUCAUAAAAACCACUAUCUGAGUCAGGCCCGCAAGCAGCACGGAGCAGGGUGAUAGUAACAGUCUAGUGACACUGGUUGCCAUGGUGAUGAUCAUAAUCCUAGUCUCGUGAGGUUGGUUGCUAUGGUGAUGACCAUAGUCCCAGUCUAGUAAUGCUGAUUACCAUGGUGAUGAUUGUUGUGCUAGUAUAGUCAUGCUGGUUGCCAUGGUGAUGAUCAUAGUACCAGUCUAAUGACACUGGCUGCCAUAUGGAUGACCAUAUUGCCAGUCUAUUGACACUGGUUACCAUGGUGAUGAUUGGAGUGCCAGUCUAGUGAAGCUGGUUACCACGGUGAUGAUCGUAGUGCUGAUCUACUGACUCUGUAACUACGGUGAAAGCGUGUUCAGGGGGGCAGACUAGUACCCCUCACGCUGGUAGUCAUGGUGACGAUCAUAGUGACAGUGAUUGAUACCGAUUGAUUGAGACUCACAUGGCAAUUGUAAGAACCAUGAUGUUUGUCACUGCAUACAUUCAUGCUCUGGCAUGGCCGCUUAUAAGCAUUUACACGUGUUUGAUUAGUCAACGUACAAUGUACGGUUAACCCUAAGCUGUACAAGCUCUUGAUAGAAAUCGAGCUGAUUGAUACAAGGGAGCAUUCUGUAAUUUCACUCUGCGCUGGUUUCAUCUCAAUGAUGCUAGUUUGAGAUGAACUCCAUAAGGUCCAUGCACCAAUUCAUUCUAAGUUAAGUUGUAAAUUUUAUCGAUCUAAAUGAUCGCUUCGUUCUCCCUGUUUGAUAACAACAUGUGAUGCGCAGCAACUGAAAUAUUGUCGUUUCUGUAUAUGCAACAGAUCCAUCGUGAAAAAAGUGCCGUGGUUAACAAUAACAGCUUUGUACAAAAGUUUCACGUUUAUGUAAAGUAAUUGCUCAGUCACAUGUUUUGCACAAUGCCACAGUGACUCGGUUGGCCACCGGUCUUUGGCAUAUCACUACUUAACAACCACAAUGCAUCUAUGCAAUGAUAACAGCAGAGUAAUAUCCAUAUCGUUACGUUAAGUGCCUUGUAUCGUGGACAAUUAUAGACAAUUAUAUUUAUACAAUGGUAGCCGAUAAGGGCAGUGAGUGUUGCUAUAUUAGGCUAUAGUUUAUGAGGUGGGUGGGUGUAGGUUGGGAUGGGACUGGCGUUACCGUCACCUGCUAGAUUAUUGGCGACAACAGGAAGCAGGAUUGAUGGCGGUGUCCUAUGUGACUAGGCCAUGUGUCCGUGCAAUAUAGGUAUUUGUUAUCGUAGUGUUAGUGGAGCUUAACGUGAUCUGCCUAGCCAUGCCAAAACUACGAAGGUGCUAAUCAACAAUUCCCGGUUUCGGCGCAGUACGACGAGAGACGUGUGUAAUAUAAGAGGGAAAAGCCACUGUAAACUGUACAUAUACAAUGAGUACGAACGUAGAACGUAGCAAUGAAUUGAACCAGUGUAGCUUGGGAGACAUUAUCCCCCCAUGGCAAACGCCCCCAUGCAUCGUGCAUAGGCAGCAUAGCAAGUCACAUUUUGUAUUGCGAAUGCGUACGGGGGUUUGACCUUCAUUGCCCGUGUGCAAUGUAUAAGGGAGACGUUUGCCAUAGGGGGAUGUGCUCCACGCUACACCGGCAGUCUGCAUCAAUCGAUGUGUUCCACGUUUAUAAUGUCCAAUCGAGUCCGAGGGGGAUGGGGGGGGAGAUAAUUUUUAUAUUUUAGCUGUAUC